GGAGACUGUGGGUCGAGAAGGGAUACGUCCGAUCGGCGAGAGGGGAAGGAGAAAGAUAUAACCGAAACGGGCCACAGAAAGCGCACCAGUCCUGAAACAGGAGUGAGACGGUACGCACCGAGUCUACGCCUGCGCUCAUCGACACAAUCGUUUUUCGCGUCUGUUUUAAAUACGAGAAUAGCUUCGGAGACGGCUAUGGAAACGGCGACUGAGAUUUCGACGGAACUGGGCCUCCAGAGGCUCUGGGGAAGGAGGCUGACAGGAAGCAACAUCCACGAGGAAGACAUCGCAGGUCUUCUCGAAGAAGUUUUCCCUUCGGCUCAAGUCGAGGUUGAACCUGAUGUUAAAAGCCGUCCAUGUAGUCCUGUUCCUCCUUUUAAUGAAGACAGGGACUUCUGCCAGGAUUUCACUCAGCAAACUUACACUCCAAAAUGCAAAACUGAAUGCUUCUGUUCAUCCGAAGUCAAGUCAUUUAAAUUAGACGGAUCCACAAUCGGAGACAUUCCAGCGAUAUAUAAAAUUCAGAAUAUUCUCAAACAUGAGUUUCCAGCGAUGGGGAUCUUCGUUGACCCAAGGGUCGUCCCAGGAUUUAAAUACAGAGUUCGGCCUAUACAAGAGAAUGGCUGUAAAAUAAAAUGGCUUUUCAACGGCCGAGCUUUAGAACUUCAGUCAAUCGGCAGAGGCUAUUCGAGAAGGAUCACGUUCAAAGCCGACAAGGGAAAUCUGAACGACAACGAGUUUUAUUUCUGGGCCGACUCGCAUGCAGAAGGAUUUGCUUUUGAAAUUGAAGUAGUCUCCCCGGGCGACAAAUUCACCGUGUUCGACGCCAACCGAGUCGCCGUGGGAACACUUGAAGUCUUGAGCAAUCAGAGUCCGCAAGAGGAACUGGGACAUAGAAUACUGGGCAGCGGUUGCGUAGAAAAAACUGUGAAAGUCAGAGCUCUUGUCAAAGUCGAAUGGUACGAAGAUGACAACAGUGAUUUAAUAGUUCCUAUGACUGGAGUGGCUGUAAGCAUUAAAAGCAAACAAGGAUGCAGGACGAAAUUGAUUGGUGUCACUGUUGGAAGUCACCCAAGGAGAGGGUUUACACUUAGGCCGGGAAUAGACAGCCGUUUGAGAUUGAUUCGUGUACGAGGAACUUCAAUCUCUGAUGUGCCAACAACAUAUACUGUCGCCGGUCUAGAUGCUCAUCAACUUCCAGUUAUUGGUACUUAUGUUGACCCAAGGAUUAUACCGGGUUUUCAUUACCGUGUAAUACCAGCAGCAGGAAAGAGAAGACCAUUGUUUGGCGGGCGACCACUAAAGUUGGUCUCUAUUGGCAUGGGGUAUGGUAAAAGAAUCACAUUUGCUCCAGAUUCACUCAACUCGUCUGAAAAUUUCUUCUGGAGCGAUUCCCACCCGGAUGGAUUCGGAUUUGAGCCUAGUGCGGUACGAGCUGGUAUGAAAUUCAAUAUUUACGCAGGAGAACUACGCUUAGGAGAAGCGAAUGUCUUCAGAGCUGAUACUCCUCAAGAAGAAAAACACAUGGAACUGGUCAAAGAAGAAAAUGGAAAAACUACAAUUAUAAAGCAUAUUCACGUUGAUUUGACUUGCCACGUCACGCUAGACACAAGAUACGACAAAUCUCCAGAGCCUCACAUUAUGAGAAUCUCCGGAAACACUAUACUUUCAAAACCGGCAGGAUGUUCUGAAGCGGAAAUACUCAGGAUAGAAAACAUCGGUCUAGACUCUCAGCUUAAUAUUCUAUUCACUACGCAAUGGGACGAGUUAGUCUUCACUCCUGUUUAAGACUUAUUGUAAAUUAACAUUUUAAUUUAUUGCACUAGAGUUUAUUUUUACAAGACUUAUUUUAUAAACUUCUAAGGUGUAUGUCCAUGUAAAAAAUUGGCUUUUGAGAGCCCAAUGUAUUUUAAACACUGGCCAUGUAGAUUGUGUGGCAGCAGUAUUUCUAUUUGAUAUUCAUAAUUCAUAAGAUUUUAUGAAAAUUAUACUUUUUUUAUAAUAAGCAACUAAUAAAAUCUUAUUGACAUA